AUGAAUCCUCAGUUAAAGUAUGCGCUGCUUGGCGAACAUGCGGCUAAACCAGGUUUCUCAUUUAGACAAGUUGCACAAUCGCCAGCUCAAGGUGUACAGCAACUUUAUGUCGAUCAACAGCUUCGUCUUUUUUCCUGUGGUGGAGAUGCUAGCAGCAAUAACAAUAACGGCGUAUCGAAUCCUCUUGUCCAAGACCUACUUCAACGAGCAGAUACAGUGCUUAAUGAACUAGUGGAGCCAUCAUUGCAGAAAAGGAAAAACGAUUUAAUUUGCUCUGGGAAACGCGAAAGACGCAAUGUCAAAAGGAAGAAUGAGUUUAUACGAUUCGGCAAAAGAGGUGAUGACCUUGUCCGAUUUGGACGAUCUGAUUCGACUGAGACUGAGCCACAUGGUAAGCAAGCCGCGCUACUACCGUUGAGUUGA